UAUACGGCUGCACAGAUUAAUUCUGCCUAGUUGUUAACCAUGAGCCGAUUGUUACCGCUCGUGUUUGCGUUAGUAAUUGUUAGUUUGUGCGAUGGGGCCAGGAUAUUAGCUGUGUUUCCAACACCUUCAAUAAGCCACCAAGUAGUGUUUAGACCAUUGACACAUGAACUAGCAAGGAGAGGACAUGAUGUCACCGUCAUCACAACAGACCCAGCCUUCCCAAAAGGACAAGCGCCACCCAAUUUGACAGAAAUUGACGUGCACGACAUAUCAUAUGAAGUUUGGGGAAAACUAAUAGCGAACAACCGAAACGGUCAUAAAAGUUAUGUUAGAGAACAAGUCAAAGGUUUGAAUGACGCGUGUUUUGCAGUAUUCGAGAAACAAACUGCAGUUGAUGAAGUACAAGACAUUAUUCAGAACAAGAAUAACAGUUAUGAUUUGUUGCUAGUAGAAGCUUGGACACGAUACGCACUUGGAUUUUCUCAUGUUGUCAAAGCCCCAGUUAUAGCAGUAAGUUCUUUAGGUGCUGUUGUAGAUAAUUAUGACAUCAUGGGGGCACCAAUUCAUCCUCUACUAUACCCUCAUGCAAUAGCAACAAGUGCUUAUAAUCUAUCGCUUUGGGAGAAAGUUACAGAAUACUACAAUUAUUUUUCUAUAAUGAACGACUUCCGGAAUUCAGAAAAAUAUCAAAAUGAUGUUCUAAAGGAGAUAUUUGGAGAAGACACUCCUCCUUUGAGUGAAUUGAAGAAUAACGUUGGUAUGAUGUUCAUAAAUAUGCACCCUCUAUGGGAAGGGAAUAUACCAGUUCCUCCUAGCGUGAUCCAUAUUGGAGGAAUUCACCAGAAACCGGAAAAGGAUUUACCGCAGGAUCUAAAGCAGUACCUUGAUUCUUCCAAGCAUGGCGUAAUCUACAUAAGUUUUGGCACAAACGUCGACACCUCUGCCCUACCAAGAGAAAAGGUCCAGUCCAUUAUAAACGCGUUAUCACAGCUACCUUACGACGUUCUCUGGAAGUGGAACCAGGACGAGCUCCCAGGCCGAACGAAGAACAUCAGGAUUUCAAAAUGGUUCCCACAGUCAGACCUUUUAAGACAUCCCAAGGUCAGACUUUUCAUCACGCAAGGAGGUUUACAAUCAACGGACGAGACGAUCACUGGAGGGGUGCCAGUAAUAGGCAUUCCUAUGCUUGCCGACCAGUUUCAUACUGUGGAAAAGUAUGAAAUUCACAAGAUUGGAAAGAGAAUAUACCUUGAGGAUCUAAGCGAAGACACGCUAAGGAGUGCAGUUAAAGAUGUUAUUGAGGAUAAAAGAUACCGAGACAACGUAAUCCGCUUAAGAGCCCUAAUGAACGACCAACCAACAUCAUCCCUAGAGCGCGCCAUCUGGUGGACAGAGCACGUACUUCGCCACGGCACUAAGCACCUCCGGGCGCCCGCCGCCAAUAUGCACUGGUUUGAAUACUAUGAUGUGCAACUACUAGUCAUUGUACUGUGCUCUGUUUCAACUGUGAUAUUGUUAAGUUUUAUAGUGUUGCUUAAUAUAGUUAAGGUAUUUUCAAGUAAUGUAAAUAAAGUUAAGGUUUCGUAGUUCUGUGUUAUGUGAUGUUUGGAAU